AUGUCGGCACCGCAGGCGAACGAAGCCGAGAAGAACAUUGAGAUCUGGAAGGUCAAGAAGCUGAUCAAGCGCCUCGAGGCCGCCCGCGGAAAUGGCACCAGCAUGAUCUCGCUCAUCAUCCCGCCCAAGGACCAGGUCUCGCGCGCCGCGAAGAUGUUGGCUGAAGAAUUUGGUACCGCCUCGAACAUCAAGUCCCGCGUCAACCGCCUCUCCGUCCUGUCCGCCAUCACCUCGACCCAGCAGCGCCUGAAGCUGUACUCCAAAGUCCCGCCCAAUGGCCUCGUCAUCUACUGCGGCGAAAUCAUCACCGCCGAGGGCAAGGAGCGCAAGAUCAACAUCGACUUCGAGCCCUUCAAGCCCAUCAACACGUCGCUGUACCUCUGCGACAACAAGUUCCACACCGAGGCCCUGAGCGAGCUGCUGGAGUCGGACCAGAAGUUUGGCUUCAUCAUCAUGGACGGAAACGGCGCGCUCUUCGGCACGCUCUCUGGCAACACCCGCGACGUCAUCCAGAAGUUCUCUGUCGAUCUGCCUAAGAAGCACGGCCGCGGUGGUCAGUCCGCCCUGCGUUUCGCCCGUCUGCGCGAAGAGAAGCGCCACAACUACGUCCGCAAGGUGGCCGAAUUGGCCGUGCAGAACUUCAUCUCCAACGACAAGGUCAACGUGGCCGGCCUCAUCUUGGCUGGUUCAGCCGACUUCAAGAACGACCUGAAUCAGUCGGACAUGUUUGACCAGCGUCUGCAAUCCAAGGUCAUCAAGGUCGUCGAUGUGUCGUAUGGAGGCGAGAACGGUUUCAACCAAGCCAUCGAGCUCUCCUCUGAAACCCUCAGCAACGUCAAGUUCAUCCAGGAGAAGAAGCUCAUCAACAAAUACUUUGACGAGAUCUCCCAAGACUCCGGCAAGGUCUGCUACGGCAUCGACGAUACCCUGAAGGCCUUGGAGGCCGGCGCUGCCGAGACGCUGAUCGUGUACGAGAACUUGGAAAUUGUUCGCUGGACGCUUAAGAACUCUGAGGGAUCCGAGAUCAUCAUCCACACCAACAAACUUCAAGAGACGGAUCGGUCUCUCUUCAUGGACAAGGACUCGGGCCAAGAGAUGGAAGUCGUGGACCAGAUGCCAUUCCUCGAAUGGCUAGCCGAGAAGUACCGCGAUUUCGGUGCCACUCUCGAAUUCGUCUCGGACCGCUCCUCCGAGGGCAACCAGUUCGUCAAGGGCUUUGGUGGUAUCGGUGCCAUCCUCCGCUACAAGCUCAACUUUGAGCAGCUCGCCGACUACGACGACGAAGACGAAUUCUACGAUGAUUGACGGUUAAGCGCCCUCGCUGACCGCGAGGCAGAGGUCCCACUCCACGCGUCGAGUGAAGGAACUUCCGCUGCCCGCGAGAACACCCACGGAGACGCGUCCACCACAAAGACUGAGGGAGUCGGAGCGACGACGCUUCGCCUCUCCAGGUUGUAAAUGAGUAAAGGGAGUGCAGAAGAAGUGUGAAGCUGAUGAGAUGCCCAUUCUUAUUCACGGCCCACGCUCGCUUCAAGGGAGAGGCAGUGAUCUGCUCCAUUCCAGCUGUCUCUAUGAGCACCGAAUCGAAGCUCAUGAACAAUAAAUAGCUGGAAUAGAUGCAAUAUUGGGGGCGGAUCUGUCAAUUCGCCAUCUGCUUUGCCCAUGCUUCCUAUAACCGGUUUGAGAGGAGAAGAGGGG